CCGUCCGUCCGGCUCCCUUUCGGCACCAUGAGCCGCAGGUUCACCGUCACCUCGCUGCCCCGCGCGGGGCCUGUGGAGACCCCCGACCCAAAGGCCCACCGGCAUUCGGCGGCGGACCUCCGCCACCUGGCCGGGGAAGACGCCAAAGGUGAUGGCAACCCAAAAGAGAGCAGUCCCUUCAUCAACAGCACGGAUGCCGAGAAGGGGAAGGAGUAUGAUGGCAAGAACAUGGCCCUGUUUGAGGAAGAGAUGGACACCAGCCCCAUGGUGUCCUCCUUGCUCAGUGGCCUGGCCAACUACACCAACCUGCCCCAGGGGAGUCGGGAGCACGAAGAGGCAGAAAACAACGAGGGUGGCAAAAAGAAGCCAGUGCAGGCCCCACGCAUGGGCACCUUUAUGGGCGUGUACUUGCCAUGUCUGCAGAACAUUUUUGGGGUGAUUCUCUUCCUACGGCUCACAUGGGUGGUGGGCAUCGCCGGCAUCAUGGAGUCUUUCUGCAUGGUCUUCAUCUGCUGCUCCUGUACGAUGCUCACAGCCAUCUCCAUGAGUGCCAUCGCCACCAAUGGCGUGGUGCCCGCUGGCGGCUCUUACUACAUGAUUUCCAGGUCCCUGGGACCAGAGUUUGGGGGUGCCGUGGGCCUCUGCUUCUACCUGGGCACUACCUUUGCUGGGGCCAUGUACAUCUUGGGCACCAUUGAAAUCCUGCUGGCUUACCUCUUCCCGGCCAUGGCCAUCUUUAAAGCAGAAGAUGCAAGUGGAGAGGCAGCAGCCAUGUUGAACAACAUGCGUGUGUAUGGUACCUGCGUGCUCACCUGCAUGGCCACUGUGGUCUUUGUGGGUGUCAAGUAUGUGAACAAGUUUGCCCUUGUCUUCUUGGGUUGUGUCAUCCUCUCCAUCCUGGCCAUCUAUGCCGGUGUCAUCAAGUCGGCCUUCGAUCCGCCCAACUUCCCGAUCUGCCUCCUGGGGAACCGCACGCUAUCUCGCCAUGGCUUUGAUGUCUGUGCCAAGUUGGCUUGGGAAGGAAAUGAGACAGUGACCACAAGCCUCUGGGGCCUGUUCUGCUCCUCCCGCUUCCUCAAUGCCACCUGUGAUGAGUACUUCACUCGAAACAAUGUCACAGAGAUCCAGGGCAUCCCUGGAGCUGCCAGUGGCCUCAUCAAAGAGAACCUGUGGAGUUCGUAUCUGACUAAGGGGGUGAUUGUGGAGAGACGGGGGAUGCCCUCUGUGGAACUGGUAGACGCUGCCCCUGUGGACAUGGACCACCCCUAUGUCUUCAGCGAUAUGACCUCCUACUUCACGCUUUUGGUUGGCAUCUACUUCCCUUCUGUCACAGGCAUCAUGGCUGGUUCUAACCGCUCUGGGGAUCUGCGGGACGCCCAGAAGUCCAUUCCCACAGGCACUAUCCUGGCCAUUGCCACCACCUCUGCUGUCUACAUCAGCUCCGUGGUUCUCUUUGGGGCCUGCAUUGAGGGCGUUGUCUUGCGGGACAAGUUCGGCGAAGCUGUGAAUGGCAACUUGGUGGUGGGCACACUGGCCUGGCCAUCUCCUUGGGUCAUUGUCAUCGGCUCCUUCUUCUCCACCUGUGGGGCAGGGCUCCAGAGUCUCACGGGGGCACCACGCCUGUUGCAAGCCAUCUCCCGAGAUGGCAUAGUGCCCUUCCUGCAGGUCUUUGGCCAUGGCAAAGCCAAUGGAGAGCCAACGUGGGCUUUGCUGCUGACGGCCUGUAUCUGUGAGAUUGGUAUCCUCAUUGCAUCCCUGGACGAAGUGGCCCCUAUCCUCUCCAUGUUUUUCCUGAUGUGCUACAUGUUUGUGAACCUGGCCUGUGCCGUGCAGACUCUGCUGAGGACACCCAACUGGAGACCCCGCUUCCGUUAUUAUCACUGGACACUCUCCUUCCUGGGCAUGAGCCUGUGCCUGGCCCUCAUGUUCAUCUGCUCCUGGUACUACGCACUGGUGGCCAUGCUCAUCGCUGGCCUCAUCUACAAGUACAUCGAGUACCGAGGGGCAGAGAAGGAGUGGGGUGAUGGCAUCCGAGGUCUUUCUCUCAGCGCUGCCCGCUAUGCCCUCUUACGUCUGGAGGAGGGGCCUCCGCACACCAAGAACUGGAGACCACAGCUGCUGGUGCUGGUGCGUGUGGACCAAGAUCAGAAUGUGGUACACCCGCAGCUGCUCUCACUGACCUCUCAGCUCAAGGCAGGGAAGGGACUAACCAUCGUCGGCUCUGUCCUUGAGGGCACCUUCCUGGACAACCAUCCCCAGGCCCAGCGGGCAGAGGAGUCCAUCCGGCGCCUAAUGGAGGCAGAGAAGGUGAAAGGCUUCUGCCAGGUGGUGAUUUCCUCCAAUCUGCGUGAUGGUGUGUCCCACCUGAUUCAGUCUGGGGGCCUUGGGGGGCUGCAGCACAAUACUGUGCUCGUUGGCUGGCCCCGAAACUGGCGGCAGAAGGAGGAUCAUCAGACGUGGAGGAACUUCAUCGAGCUGGUCCGCGAAACCACAGCUGGUCACCUGGCCCUGCUAGUUACCAAGAACGCAUCCAUGUUUCCUGGGAACCCGGAGCGCUUCUCUGAAGGCAGCAUCGAUGUCUGGUGGAUCGUGCAUGAUGGCGGGAUGCUCAUGUUGCUGCCUUUCCUGCUGCGGCAGCACAAGGUCUGGCGGAAGUGCAAGAUGCGCAUCUUCACGGUGGCGCAGAUGGAUGACAACAGCAUCCAGAUGAAGAAGGACCUGACCACAUUUCUGUACCAUCUACGGAUCACUGCGGAGGUGGAGGUGGUGGAGAUGCAUGAGAGUGACAUCUCGGCUUACACCUACGAAAAGACAUUGGUGAUGGAGCAGCGUUCCCAGAUUCUCAAGCAGAUGCACCUCACCAAGAACGAGCGGGAGCGGGAGAUCCAGAGCAUCACAGAUGAGUCUCGUGGCUCAAUCCGGAGGAAGAACCCAGCCAAUACUCGGCUCCGCCUCAAUGUUCCAGAGGAGACAGCUGCUGACAGCGAGGAGAAGCCUGAGGAAGAGGUGCAGCUGAUCCAUGACCAGAGUGCCCCCAGCUGUCCCAGCAGCUCCCCAUCUCCUGGGGAGGAGCCUGAGGGGGAAGGGGCGGCGGAUCCCGAGAAGGUGCAUCUCACCUGGACCAAGGACAAGACGGUGGCAGAGAAGAAUAAAGGCCCCAGUCCCGUCUCGUCCGAGGGCAUUAAGGACUUCUUCAGCAUGAAGCCGGAGUGGGAAAACCUGAACCAGUCUAAUGUGCGUCGCAUGCACACAGCGGUGCGGCUGAACGAGGUCAUCGUGAAGAAAUCCCGGGACGCCAAACUUGUUUUACUCAACAUGCCCGGGCCUCCUCGCAACCGCAACGGCGACGAAAACUACAUGGAGUUCCUCGAGGUCCUCACCGAGCACCUGGACCGAGUGAUGCUGGUCCGCGGCGGCGGCCGCGAGGUCAUCACCAUCUACUCCUGAGAGCCAGGACCUGCCACCCGGGCCGAGCUCGCCAGGCCGGCGGCCCCGGAGCCCGCGCCGCGCCUCUCCCCCGCCGCUGUCACGGUUUACAGACCCCCGCACCCGCGCCCUUCCCCACCCACCCCUGCCCGCUGCCUGCAGCCCGGAGGCGGACUCGGAGACGACAGUGUGUGCGCCCCGGCAGCGCUGCCCCCUUUUUUAAGACCCCAUCUCGUCCCCGCCCGCCGGAGGAGGAGACGCUGCAAUAAAGGCCGAGGAGGAGGACCAAGGCCUCUGGCUUCUCCAAUUCCAGUCCUAAGGCGCUUCUGCCCCGCCAGCCCAGAGGAGGCGCCCACUUCUGUAUCCCCAGAAGGCGCUAUGGCGGAUUCACUCACCCCCACAGCCCCCAACGGGGCACAUCACUAAAGGGGACUGGCACUGCAUGCUCGUUCCACCAGCGCCCUCUCGGGCUGGCUAAGGUGCCUCCAGCCCUAGGGCCCGACUUCUUCGCACCUAGUUGACACCCUACCCCCCCUUCCCAGAGCUGUUGCCACUGGGAACUCCUGAUUUCACCACUUACACUUCCUUUGAGCCCAAAGUAGAGCUAGCUGGAGCUGGUGCCGUCUAGACUUGGUCAGGUCUGGCCAAAGAUCGAGCCUUCGGAAGGCUGGAUCCAUUCUUCCUAGGAGCAAAUGGUAAUGUUGGAAAUUUCAGACACCAGUGCACCCCUCCCCAACGUGACAGCCCCAGGGAGGAACGGAGGCUUUAGCACCCCCGGGGGCGACGGGCACUCCAUCCCCCAAGCGUAACUGGUGUGUAGGAAGGGCAGGGGGCUGUCAGCGCCAAUUAGGGAACCAAAGUUGCACUUUCUGGGCCUGGACCGCCUGUGGUUGGCAAGAGCGAAGUUUCCGUUGAUGGAAACUACUAUCCCACACAAACACCCAAGUUUUCUGUGCUACAUGUGCAAUAUUUGUUAUGAAUGUUCUCACGAGUCAUCCAUCCAGAUUAUCUUUAUGACCAUUGUAGCUGGAUGUUUCAUGUCCAUUCAAGUGACUUUAAUUCCGAGUGCAAUAUUUCAAUAGCUUUGUAGUGAUAACUAGUGUUGCUUUUGUUUUAGACGAUCUAUGUGCAGGGCAAUGCAAUGAAGUUGAAAACCCUUGUAAAUAGGAGAGGUUGCAAAAAUCAAGAGUAUUUAUUACUAUUAUUAGGCCUGCCUUUAAUUUCCAGUGUAAGUGUUUCGGUAUUCCGCAUUCUGCCUCAGUAUUGAUCUUGUGUUCUUUGUGCCAAUAUGAAAAGGAGAGGGUUGGUUCUUUCCUUUAUUGUUGAAUGCUCCCAUUUAAUGCUUUACAGCUUUUACUGUAUUUUUUAGACUCCCGUCUGCACAAAAUGCAAUAAAAAUAAUUUUAUUAUACCCUU